AUGGAUCGCGGAAAAGCAUCACCCAUUCUCGCUCCUCGCCAUGACUCCUCCAGCCGCGUCGGAAAGCCAGAAACGGCAGCAGAGAAGCUCGCCGCCAUGAAGGCUAGAGUCGCUGCCGCAGUCGGCAAGUCGAAGGUUGGAGGGGGUACAGGACUGAAUGUUGCACCGCAUCCCGCCUUGGUCGGUAAUAGAGGAGGGCUCAACGUGGAAUUGCAUCCUGCGCUCCAAGAUCUGGGACAAUACAAACCGUCAAAAACGAUUGCGCCCAAGUUUGCAACCAGCAUAGGAAAUUCGCGCCCCCAAGUUGAGAAAGCUACUGCGAAGGUCAAAAAGCCGCUAGAUCUGUCUGGCCCUUCUGCGGAGGAGACGAGAAACAAUCCGUACUUUGAUAUCAGUUUAGGGGGGCAAACAGCUACGCUGAAGAACAGGCAUUCCAGGCAAUUAGUAUUCAAUCAGAAGGGGAAAUACAUCCAACAGGCCAAUGCAUUACGAAGACAAGCCGCCCUCGAGGCGAUGAAAAAGAGGAUUGCAGAAUCGUCUCGAAAAAUCGGUAUCGACGAAGAUUUAGAUACGGAAAAGAAAUACCUGAUCGAAGAACCGCCAGCCAUAGAAUGGUGGGACGAAGGCUUAGUAGAUGCUAAAAACUACGAUGGACUUGAAGAUCCAAAAACGCUCAAGCUCGACACCGUAGAUUCUAUAAUUACGGAGUACAUUCAACAUCCGGUCCUCCUGGAACCGCCGCAGGAAAAGAAUACUCCGGCACCAAAACCUAUGUUCUUGACCUCGAAGGAGCAAGCCAAACUACGGCGGCAACGAAGGAUGGCGGAACUAAAAGAGCAACAGGCUAAGAUUCGUCUGGGUCUCGAGCCAGCACCACCCCCCAAAGUGAAGAAGGGGAAUCUCAUGCGCGUUUUAGGUGAAGAAGCUGUGAAGGAUCCAACUGCCGUAGAGGCAAGAGUAAACAGAGAAAUUGCAGCUCGACACCAGGCACAUAUUGAAAUGAACGAAGAGAGAAAACUCACCAAAGAGCAGAGGCAUGAAAAGCUCGCUUUGAAUCAAGAAAAGGAUUCCGCGAAAGGAAUUAGGAUGAUGGUGUUCAAAAUCGACAAUCUAUCGAACGGUUCACACAGAUUCAAGAUCUCGAAGAACGCGGAGCAAAUGGCUCUCACUGGAAUAUGUGUUAUGCAUCCGAGGUUCAAUCUAGUGAUUGUGGAAGGUGGAGAACAUAGUAUACGCCAGUAUCGAAAGCUUAUGUUACAACGUAUUGACUGGACCGAGAACUCGCCCACGCGAAUCAAGGAGGGGACAAAGGCAGAAGCGUUACAGGAUUGGUUGAAAGCAGAGGAUGAGAAAGGAGAGCUUAAGGAUAUGACGCUCAACAAGUGUACGCUAGUGUUUGAGGGUGAAGAGAAAGCCAGGGCCUUCAGGAAAUGGGGCAGCAAAGUGUGCGAAACAGACAGCGCUGCGAGGGAAGCUCUGACACGGGCGAAGAUGGAGAAUUUUUGGACGAUGGCUAAGAGCAUGCAUUAA